GACUCCGCCAUUUUAACUUCCUCCUUGUAAGAGAAGACGAGCACGUCGCCCAGUCGUUGUUGUAGAGACGCGUUGCUGUUUACCGCUGUCGCAGGGUGUUCGGUCACACUUCCUCGCGGGGCUCAAACUAACCCACCUCUCGCUAGUUUUCAGAAAGUCGCGUGUCGAGUAGCUUCAGCCGGGGAGUCGCGAUGCCGAGCCACCCGCUGCGUGUAGCGGUUGUGUGCUCGAGCAACCAGAACCGCAGUAUGGAAGCGCACAAUAUCCUCAGCAAACGUGGAUUUGAUGUGCGCUCAUUCGGGACAGGGUCUCAUGUGAAGCUACCCGGUCCUGCCCCGGAUAAACCAAAUGUGUAUGACUUCAAAACGACAUAUGAACAGAUGUACAACGACUUGGUCCGCAAGGACAAGGAACUAUACACACAGAACGGCAUCCUGCACAUGCUGGACCGCAACAAGCGCAUCAAGUCGAAGCCGGAGCGGUUUCAAAACUGCAAGGAUAAGUUCGACCUGGUCAUCACCUGUGAAGAGAGAGUGUACGACCAAGUGCUGGAGGAUCUGAGCUCAAGAGAGCAGGAGACGCUGCAGCCUGUACACGUCAUCAAUGUAGACAUUCAGGAUAACCACGAGGAAGCCACGCUGGGCGCCUUCCUCAUCUGUGAGCUGUGUCAAUGUAUCCAGCACACUGACGACAUGGAGAAUGAAAUCGACGAGCUCCUUCAAGAGCUUGAGGAGAAGAGCAACAGGCCUUUUCUUCACACCGUCUGCUUCUACUGAUGCACAACCGAAAACCCGCAAUAAACUCAGACCACAAGCAAUCAAACAGAGUAUGGACAUGCAUACUCCCUGCUCCUCAGUCAUCUGUAACACAGUACAUAGAUAAUGUGUGCCUACACAGCACUCACACACAUGGAGCUUUGGUCAGGGCCUAACAAAUGGCUGCGCUUGGACAUGUUGGUGAUGUUGGGUUUUUCCUUAAUGCAGAGUACAGACUCGCUGCUCUCGCUCUGCCUUUAUUCCUUCGGAAAAGGUCAGACCAAGGUCCUCCCGCCAUGCCAGUCCAAUGAAAUCACUCAGUCAUGUCUCCUCAGGGAGAGCCAUAACACCCCCUACCCCUACACCACAGCCCCUUCCGGUCAAACAACUGCUUUAGGAGUUCCUCUGAUUUUUGUUCACUGCAGCAUGUUGAUGCUGACUUUUUAUUUUCUCUAGAUAUAUCAUUGUAAUUGAUUUGAGCAUAAAUGUCGGAUUUUUUUUCUCUGACCAGGUGCAGUGUAAAUGUGUCUCUUGGGGUCAGACAGGGAGGAGGAGUAAUUGAAGUGAAUGCAUUGUUUGUUUGUGCGACCGUGUGUGGUAGAUUAGUUAGGAUUAAGUUAAAGUUGGGUGGGAUAAUAACGGAUAACCAAACCUAGGCCUCUCUGAGGCUCUCCUCUGACGUGUUUCCAAUAUAAUGUGUUGAUUCAUAUUUAAACUUGGAUAUGUUUAUCUUUCAGGGUGUAGUUUUCUUUUUUUUGUAAAUGUUAAACUGAAGCAUUGUAAUUAUCUGCAAACUGCGAGCUCAGCUCAGAGUGCCUAACUUUUCUGUAUGUACAGAUGAAUCCACUAAAGAGAACAAACAAGAAA